GGCAAACCCUAAAGCUGUGCGUCCACAUUAAGUGUCUGUCAAAAAUUUGUCAAGAUAUUGAGUGUCGAAAAAAAUCUCACAAUUGAAAAUUGGUUUUCACUGAAGGAUCAAAGUGUUAAGUGGUUUUCAGCAGCGGUAAGAAGCACCGAGACGACGCAUUUAAGAAUUUUUUUUUCUCACAACUGAAAAUUGGUUUUCACUGAAGGAUCAAAGUGUUAAGUGGUUUUCAGCAGCGGCAAGAAGCACCGAGUUAACGUAUUAAAAAAAAUUCAGCCAGCAAAAACUUGCACAAGUGAACAAAAUGGCCGACAUGCCUGACCUUAAUUGCGAAGACAUUUUCAACCAGAAGGAAGAAAAUGAAGCAUCAAUGAACGAGGAGGUUCCCAUUGAGACCGUAGCCACCGGGUCUGAGGAGCCCGAGAGUGCAGCUCCCGAGAUGGCGGCUUCCACCGCCAAGGAUGAGAAGCCGGAGAUCGAGGCGGAUCCGCCUGGCAACACGCGCCUUUUGCAAGAUUUGGUAAAUAAUUCGGCCCCUCCACCGGCUAAGCGAGCAAAGCGUCGGGAGCCGGAAGACAAGGAAUCGGAGCCCAAUACCGAAGUUCCUGCUGACCUUGCCAAUGAUGUGGACCGCCCUCAAACCUAAUAUACUAAUCUUUACCAUCUACCAUCUCUACGCAUCGCAGCAGCCCCAUUUACUACAUCAAACACUAACAUGCUGACAAUUCUAAAUUUAAUUUCAUUUAAUUACUGCAUUGUACUUAAACUAAAUCAACACUCACCAAAAUAAACUAACUA